UAAUCGCUAAAAGUUUACAGAAGGUGCAGAAUUAUCCUUAAACAGAAUGAAAUGCACAUUGAUUAUACGGUAUGUGUAAUAUAUUAAUAUAUGAAUAAUGUACACUAUAAAGAUCAUUGAGUCAGUCCUUGUUGUACUAUAAAGUGAGAGAAGGCGUUACUGUCAGUAGAGUCCUCUGUUGUUGGAACUUAAAGAUUAUAAAUCAUGUUGCUUGGACUUUUUAUGUCUAUUUAUGUAAUUUCACUCAACCGCAAAUACAGUACGGUGUUGCACAAAUCACUCUGACACAGGAUUCAAGAUGGCGUUGUAUCUUCUACUGCUGAUGGUCACAGCCUGUGCUGCCACUCCUCAAGAUCUGUCAGGUCAAAUGUUUACCUUCCCGCAAGAAACUAACUCAGCUCAUGUGAGGCUGACAACAUCAAGACAGGUUCUGAGUGCUGUAACCCUCUGUUUCAGGGCCUUUACAGAUCUCCGUAGAGAGAUCCACCAUUUCUCUUUGUCCACACCUUCCGCUGCCAAUGAUUUUUUGAUUUGUAAGCUAGCUGCAACUGAUAAGUUUGAAAUGUGGAUCAGGAAUACAAAAAUGGACUUCAUAGUGCAGGGCUACAAACUGAAUACUUGGCACUCACUUUGUUCCACCUGGGACUCUGGAUCUGGACUGUUUCAGAUGUGGUUAGACGGACAGCCCUCAUCUAGGAGAUUCAUGAGCGCUGGAUCCAGCAUCAGUGGGCCCAUUAUAAUUGUUUUAGGCCAGGACCAGGAUUCCCAUGGUGGAGGGUUUGACAUUGCUCAGUCUUUUGUUGGCAUGAUGUCUGAUGUCCACAUGUGGGACCACGUCCUCUCCCCCUGCGAGAUCCAGAACUACGUGCAUCAUCUACACUUCCCCCCAGGGAACGUGCUCAACUGGAACGAGCUGGAGUUCCAGAUCAUCGGAAGAGUGCUGAUUGAAGAUAAACAAAAGGUCGAGACCUGCUAUUAAACCUUAUGCAUAGAAAGUCAAUAAACAAUAUGAAAAUACAUUCACUUAAGAGAGAAUAACAUCAAUGCAUUCAAAUGAACUUUGAAUACAUCAAAAAAAGGUUUAUAGAUAGUCACCAAAUUAUUAUUAUUUAUUUUAGAUCAGGCAUUACUCAUAUGUUUAUAGUACAGUUGUAGAGUUGUUUUGUGUUUAAUAAUUAUAAUAAUAAUAAUUUACCUGUACUACCAAAGCUUAACAAAACAAUGUCAGGAAAAUAUGAGUUUUAUAAACACCACAGAUUAUCUAAACUAAAUGUCUAUGUACGUCGUUUGCAUAGGUAAGACUUUAUAACUCUUUGACCAUUUUUAAGCUUAUUGUGUGAUUUUUUAACUAUCUUUAGUUGUUAGAAAAUCUUAAGAAUCGGAUGGAGUUAUUACAACCAUAUAAGUGUGUUUUUGUAUACCAUAAAAAUAAUAUAUAUUAAGUGUACAUUUUGCAAUUCUGGGUAAUUUCUUCAUAAAAUGUGGUCCGUGAUCAUUCUCCACAAUGUCACCUGUUUAUGUGGGUGCGGGGUUGCUUUGCUGUUUAUUUUGACACCAUAUUUUUCAAUAAAUGUGUUCUCCAAAA